UCAAUUUGAAUCUUUAUGUACUUUCUCUACUUAAAACAUGAAAUUAAAAAUCUUUCUUGUCCAGCAAUACAAACUGCAUGGGUAAAACCGGGCACUGUUCUUGCAAUGGAUUGUGACAAGACUGGCCACAAAGGUGGUAAAGUGGCUAACCAGGUCAUGCAGAACCCCCAGGACUUGGCAAAUAUCCAGGACAGACUUGAUAGUGUGUCCCAUACUCCUUCUUCAAUUAUUGAAAAUUUACCAAAAUCAGUUAGAAGAAGAAUAAAUGCCUUAAAGCAGCUUCAAGUUAAAUGUGCACACACAGAAGCCAAAUUUUAUGAAGAAGUACACGAAUUGGAGCGAAAGUAUGCAGCAUUAUAUCAACCACUGUUUGAAAAGAGAUGUACAAUUGUUACUGGUGAAGUUGAGCCCACUGAUGAGGAAUGCGAGUGGCAAAGUGACAGAGAAGAUGAAGAUUUAGCUGAAGACAUGGAAAAGAAGGCAUCAAUUACUGAAAAUAAAACAAAUUCUUCAGAAGAGGAAAAUCCAAAAGGCAUUCCUGAAUUUUGGCUGACUAUUUUUAGGAAUGUAGAUAUGUUAAGUGAAUUGCUGCAGGAGCACGAUGAGCCCAUCCUCCGGCAUUUACAAGACAUAAAAGUAAUAUUUUCUGAUCCAGAACAACCGAUGAGUUUCACUUUAGAAUUCUAUUUCGAACCAAAUGAGUACUUCUCUAAUACUGUACUGCGAAAAGUCUACAAAAUGAAAUCUGAGCCUGAUCCCACAGAUCCUUUUUCUUUCGAGGGCCCUGAAAUUGUUGAUUGUGAAGGAUGUAUUAUUGAUUGGAAGAAAGGCAAAAAUGUAACUCUGAAAAUAAUCAAAAAGAAACAGAAGCACAAAGGUCGGGGCACAGUGAGAACCAUCACUAAGCAAGUGCCCAAUGAUUCUUUCUUCAACUUCUUUAGCCCUGUUAAAACUUUAGGUGAAGGAGGUACACUGGAUGAAGACUCAGAGUUCAGUUUAGCUGCAGAUUUUGAAAUCGGUCACUUUUUCCGUGAACGAAUAGUUCCAAGGGCAGUACUAUAUUUCACUGGAGAAGCCAUAGAAGAUGAGAAUUUUGAAGAUGAAGAAGGUGAAGAAGUUGAAGAAGAGGAUAUUGAAGAAGAAGGGGAAGAAAAUGACGAGGCUGAAUAUGAGGACAAGGAAUAAUUGGUGUGUUCAUGCAUUUCUAGAAAGAUGCUGUCCAGCCUCCUGAAUGCAAACAGCAGUAGCAUGGACUUGCCACUGCCGCCGAAGAGACUAGCAGAUGCCACGUUAACCUAAAUGUAUCAUAUCCCAAUCUGCAGAUCUGGUUGCCUUUCCCCUGCAGCACACUCCUCAGUUAAUAAGAUUAAAAUGCAUGUAUUUUUUUCCUGUUACAAUUUCUUAAUUUUGGCUCUAUUUUGUACACAGUAAAAAUUCUAAAGUGGAAUUUGGAAAAGGGAGAAAAUGAAAAAUUGAAAGAUUCAAUUUUGCAUUCAAACUCUUACAAAUUUGUGCUAUUUAUAUUAUAAAUUGACAAUUGAUACACUAGCACACAUUCCAUAUCUGAAAGAUUAGAAUUCAUAUAUUUAAAUAUAAACAACCCAGGUCCUUUCCAUUCUAGGAUACUCAGGGUUUUGUUCUCUUUUUAUAAAUAGGCAAGGGGAGCUUUGUAGUCCCAAGGGUAUUGGCUAAAGCUUGAUUGUGGGUUUGCCUAGCAAUAUUUAAUAAUUUUGAAAACAUAUUAACUGUUCUGUUUCAUCAUUUUCAUAUAAGUUAUUUAUUUUAUAUUUUUUCUGUUGAAUUUAUUUAGGGUUCCUUAUAUUGCCAGUUUUGCACUGCUGUUCAGCAUCCCUCCCCACAGAUUGUGUGUUGAUAUUACUUGUUCAUUUUGCCAUCACUGAGAAAAUUCUAAGAAGCUGCCCUAUCCUAAAUACUUAUUUUUCAGUUUUUAUUAAGUACUUAAUGAACGAAAAUACACUUAAGAGAACUUGCCAAAUAGUUUGCACAUAACAGUGCAUGAGUUAUAGAUUUUCUGAAUGAAACUUUGGAAUUGGAUUUUACUGUUUUCAAAAAAUGCACCUUAAUGCAUUUUUAUACAGCGCUUGUCUUCAUUUGAAGUUUAAAAAAAACAAAACAAAAAAAAAAAA